CCAUAUUCAUCUCCUCCAAAACAAUUCCUAAUGGCGACAGCACCAUUGAUAAUCUUCACCAUUUUUGCUCUUUUUGGAGUUUCCUCUUUAACGGCGGCAGCAGUAACUCCGUUUGUAGUGGCUCACAAGAAGGCUUCACUCCUAAAGCUCAAGUCCGGUACUGAACGGGUCUCCGUUUCCAUUGACGUCUAUAAUCAUGGAUCUCUUGCUAUAUAUGAUGUAAAUCUUACUGAUGAUAGCUGGUCCACAGAAAUAUUUGAUUUCGUGGCUGGAAACACGUCCAAUUCAUGGGAAAAACUUGAUGCUGGCUCUCAUGUUUCACACACUUUUGAGUUGGAAUCCAAAGUGCAAACAACUUACUACAGUGCACCUGCUGUCAUAACUUUUCGCAUCCCUACAAAAUCAAAACUACAGGUAGCAUAUUCCACCCCUGUUCCUGCACUAGAAACCUUAGCAGAAAAAACUGUUGCCUACAAAUUAGAUUUGGCAAAGAAGUUGCUUGCACAGUAUGGAUCCCAUUUUUCUUUAGGUCUCAUCGUCUAUUUGUUCGUGCGAAUUAUAUUUAGUCCAUCAGCUAAAUCAAGUGCUGGAAACGCAAAGAAAAGACACUGAUCGUUCAUCAGCUGUAGCAAACUUCUCUUUUGUAGAUGCAAGGCCUCAUACCUGAUGCAGAACUUGGAAGGAAAACAUUUCAGUGUGAUAACUCGUACAAAUUCGUGUAAUUGCAUUUUGAUGAACUGAAAUGUAUUGGUGGAUGAUUUCACUUGGGCUAUAUGAAAUUUUCUAAAUGUCUUGCUAAAUAUAUUUA